UCUUGAUUUCCUAACCUCGAGACCGAAUUGUAUCUCUAAUCACAAGUGAAUCAAGAUGGUCAAAAUCGAAUACGUUCUCUUCGACAUGGAUGGCCUAAUGAUUGACUCUGAGAAGAUCUACACCGAUGUUACCAACGCUAUCCUGGCGCCCUACGGCUGCGAGAUGACCUGGGAUAUCAAAGCUGGAUGUAUGGGCAAACCCGAAAGGACAGCUGCCGAAUAUUUAUUAUCGCAUUUCCCCGGAAUCUCACUCACGCUCGAGUCGUACCUCACACAACGGAACGACCUGCAAGAUGCUAUGUGGCCUUCAGUUCCCCUUCUGCCGGGGGUCGCCAAGCUUGUUUUGCACCUUCAGAAAUACGGGAUACCUAUUGCUGUCGCCACAGGAUCGAGACGGAGGAACUAUGAACUCAAGACAGGACACCUCCAGGAAGUAUUUGGGUGCUUCGAGGGACGUGUGGUGUGCGCUGAUGAUGAAAGAUGGAUCAUGAAAGGGAAACCCGAGCCGGAUAUCUUCUUGGUUGCUGCCAGGGAGCUAUUACACCGAGAUGUAGGUGAAGCUCGGAGCGAGACUUCCGAAGUGCACGAAGCAGAACGUCGAAAAGGACUUGUUUUUGAAGACGGCUUGCCCGGGAUGCAGGCUGGGAAGCGGGCUGGGAUGAAUGUCGUAUGGAUACCAGAUGCCAAUCUCUUAGAUGUGGAAUAUGUCGGCGAGGAGAAAGCUGACGCAAUGCUCAAAUCAUUACAAGACUUCGUUCCGGAAGAAUGGGGACUGCCUCCUUACGAUGACGAAGCGUAACGCUUGUACUAGACACGUUGCAUGAAUUCCCAGAAUAUACAACCAAGAUAGUAAUGAACCCAAAUCCCCAAAAAACCAUAUAAUCCACCCCACCCACUCGAGCCGAAACGUCUUGAUGCUGUUGCCCAUCCUCGCGACCAAUAGAUAUCUUGCAUCGCUCAGCUCAAAAGUGAAAGUCAAACCCCUCUCAAACCCUCUCGCGUUCAUGGUCGGCGUCUUCGAUCACUCAACAGGCUCCACACCCC